CAUUACACAGAUAUAACCUCAAAUAAAUUUAAAAAUUUGGUUUCAUGAAUUUCUAGUUUUCAAUAAAAUCAAUUAAAUGGAAACCGAUGGUAAUUCAAGUACAGGUUUAGUUAAUAUUCGUUUAUUAACGAAACAAGAACAAUAUGCUGUGGCUGAUAUUCCAUAUUCUGUACCAUUAACAAUCGAUACAACAGCAUUAAACACAUUAUUAAAUGAAUUAUUAAAAGAAUACAAUAACGAAACAAGUGUAGAAUUUGAUUUCAUUGUUGCCGAAAAAUUAUUACGAUGUCCACUUCAAGAACAUCUAUCAGAGCAUGGUUUAUCUACCGAGUUAACUGUUGAUGUUGAAUAUAUAAUAAAGAAUCCACCACCUGAACCUGAAGAUUGUUUAUUACACGAUGAUUGGGUAUCCGCUGUUGACCUUAGACAUAAAUGGAUACUUACAGGAUGCUAUGACAACACAAUACAUUUAUGGAGUACAAAAGGCAAACACAAACUUGUCAUGCCAGGACACACAGGUCCAGUUAAAGCAGUGGCAUGGGCUCAACUAGACAAUGUUCAAGGAAUAUUCGUCAGUGGAUCCCACGAUCAGACAGCAAUUUUAUGGCAUUGGAAAGUGGAGGAGAACGCUGUGCAAUGUGUCACUGUGUUACGCGGUCAUGAGCGUGGAAUUGAAUGUGUACGCGCUGAUCCUACAGGAACGAUAAUUGUAUCCUCCGGAUGGGAUUCGUAUAUUAAAUUAUGGUCAGCAAAAUUAGAAGAUACAACUACUUCAAAUACACGGGAUGACGAACCAUCUUCAAAAAGGUUAAGAACAGAAGGUGGAAAAUCACGGACCCCUAUAAUGACAUUGCAAGGCCAUAAAGAGGCCGUUAGUGGUAUGGUAUAUAUUGAUAACAACACAAUAUGUUCGGCUAGUUGGGAUCAUACAAUUCGUUUAUGGGACAUCGAAUUAGGUGGUAUUAAAAAAGAAAUUGUUGGAAACAAAGCAUUUUUUGAUGUCGAUUUUUCAACAUUAAAUAGUUUAAUUGUUACGGGCUCAGCAGAUCGACAUGUUCGAAUUUAUGAUAUUCGAUCUAAUGAGGGCUCUGUGGUAAAAGGCACAUACACUUCACAUACACAAUGGAUACAAACUGUGAGAUGGUCAGACAAUAAUGAAAAUUUCUUCAUCAGUGGUAGUCAUGACAAACAAGUGAAAAUGUGGGAUAUACGAAGCACACGAGCACCGUUAUUUGAUUUUUGUGGGCAUGAAGAUAAAGUAUUAUGUUGUGAUUGGAAAAAUGGUUUGAUUGUAUCUGGUGGUUCGGAUAAUACGUUACGAAUUUUAAAAGAAACAAAAAAUAAAUAAAUAUUCUUUUGACAUAUAAA